AUGGUACACGGGGGACGACUGACAACCAAAAGCCUUUCCACAGUCACGGCAGCGGUAAGGUUUCAUACGACCGGAGCUAAGACUGAGAAACCGAAGCGGGAAAUUGUCGAAGCAGCUGAUUGCCACGGGGCAUUGUUGGGACGUCUUCAACAGAAUAUUCCAGUGGCUUGCGCUGACAGACAGACCUGUGAAAACGAGAGCCGAUCGGAAAGGCCGGGCAGACGUCCUAGCGGCAGGAGGACCAGGCAAUUCCCCAGCCAGGUCAGAGGGUUCAGAAAUCUCAUCGAGGUCCACGAGAAAUCCUCCAAAGUGAAGAAAACCUAUGACUAUGAAGUGUGUGACGAAGGCUUCCCUUUUCACUCUCAUCUUAUUCUACAUCAGAGAAGCCAUAGCGGAGAGAAACCCUACAAAUGUGAGGAAUGCGAGAAAGCUUUCUGUAGCCGUUCCCACCUUGUAUCAAAUCAGAGGAUUGACACCGGAGAGAGACCUUAUAAGUGUAAAGAGUGUGGAAAAGCCUUCGCCUUUCACUCGUCCCUUGGUUACCACCAGAGGAUUCAUACAGAAGAGAAACCCUCUAGAUGUCCUGAAUGCGGGAGUGCUUUCAGUUGUCAGGCAUACCUUGUUUAUCAUCAAAUAAUUCACACUGGAGAGAAACCUUACCGCUGCAGUGAUUGUGGAAAAGCCUUUGGUUGUUAGCCGUCCCUCGUGUACCAUCAGAGGAUUCA